ACGGGUGCUGCUACUUUGCCGCCCAGAAGGAUGUGUAACUUGUACAUCACGAUGCUAGCCGAGAAUGAUCAAUCUGUGGAUUGGUGUUAUGCCAUCUCAGCCAAGGUGCUUGCCUGGACUUUGUUGGUAGGUUAUAUCGUGAUCCCUCCCGCCUUUGCACAACCCCGGUUCUGCCUCCGUACGUACAAUUAUGAAAUCAGAAUGAAAGCGAUCCAAAAAUGGGCGAAGAUACGUCCAUUGUUCAAACACAUCCUUCAGACCUGCUCUGGUUCGGACUCUGGUUCUGAUUCUGGUUUCUCUUGAUGGACCUCCCAGAAGCCCACUUGCAUCCCACUUUGAGCCGCAUGGCGCUCUCUGGCGCCAAGUCCACCGCAAUCAGGCAUAGCAUCGACUACUCUCGGCCGCGUCAACUGGGGGUAGCCUUAUUGGACGCAUGUCGUCGCAUGUACCAUCUCUGUCCACAGCAACAAGCGCAAGAACAAGCUAGCCGACGCGCUCCUCUUCUGUACUCCUCUUCUG